AACAUUUCUGGGAUCUUUUAUUUCAGCUCAUGAAACAUGGGACCAACACUUUACAUAUUGCGUUUAUAUUUUUGUUCAGUUUCAGUAUAAAUCUGGCAUGGCUCAAAGGGAAACAACGUUCACUUUCACUUCAGAAGUGCAACAAUUUGAUCGAGUGGGGUGGAGGAGGAGGAGGAGUAUGAAGGCUCAUUGACUACUAAGCGGUGAGCUCUUGGAACGGGACAACACUUUCUGCCCAGCGGAGAAUAGUAUUUUUGGAAAAGUGUUUCUCUUGAAAGCAUGUCCAAAUAUAAGCCAUGGCAGAUAUGUUGCUGUCUCUGUAUCGGUUUAUUUGGUGCCAUAAUAUUCAUCUGUCUCUGCAUGCUAGUCUUCGGCGUAUUUAUCCACCGAGGAUGCUCCGAGGACACGUACCAGCACGCGGCGGUUUCUGCGGACUCUAAACUUUGCUCGGACAUUGGCAGAGAUAUACUGCAACAAGGAGGAUCGGCAGUAGAUGGCGCCAUUGCAGCUCUGUUGUGCACCUCACUGGUCAACCCUCAGAGCAUGGGCCUGGGAGGAGGCUCCAUAUUCACUGUUAGGGACAAAACUGGCACGGUGAAAACCUUCAGUUCGAGAGAGACUGUUCCACAGUCAUUCAAAGCUGAUCUGCUGAAGGGCUGUCCAACAUCUGUCAUAUUUAUCACAGGUAGUCAGUGGAUUGGCGUUCCUGGAGAGUUGCGUGGGUAUGAGGUGGUUCACAGAAUGUAUGGGAAGCUGCCCUGGGCCAGGCUGUUUGAGCCCACCAUUAGACUGGCCAGAGAAGGAUUUCCUAUGCCACCCUUCCUGGGAUCCCUCCUUAACAUCACACUCAUAGGAAACCUGGUGAAAGCAACAUCACUCUGGUAUGAGGUGUUCUGCCACAAGAACAAGACGGUGCUGGGCAUAGGAGACACAUUGAAGUUCCCUAAACUGGCAGAAACCAUGGAAACCAUUGCAGAACAAGGUGUAGAUGCCUUUUACACUGGCCAAAUUGGACUUGACUUGAUCCAAGACGUAAAAGCAGCAGGUGGGACCCUUACCAUGGAGGAUCUGAAGUCAUUCAGAGUCAGAGUGGAGGAUGCCUGGACUGUUCCUCUUGGCGAUUACCAGAUGCACAUUCCUCCACCUCCUGCAGGGGGAGUCAUGCUCGCCUUCAUCCUCAACCUUGUUAAAGGUACAUUAGGGUUCCAUUUCACCCCCAGGUCCAUGGAGGAGGACCAGAAGGUCCUGACCUAUCACUGCUACAUAGAGGCAGCUAAAUUUGCUAACGGACAGAGGAAGAGCGUUCACGAUCCUGUUUUCAACACUAAAAAAGAUGCAUCGCAUAUGGUGGACUCUGACUUUGCUGAUCGGAUCAGGGUAUUGAUCAGUAAAAACCGUACCUAUAAUGACUCCUACUACAACAUAACACCUUCCCCUGACCGCUUUGGGACCACACACGUGUCAGUCCUGGCUGAAGAUGGAUCUGCAGUUUCUGUCACAAGUACCAUCAACCAAAUUUUUGGUGCAGGGAUUUACUCCAGUAGAACAGGCAUCAUCCUCAACAACGAGCUGGCUGACUUCUGUUUUAGAGCAGAGAGAUUGAGUGCAGGUGAACAGCCUCCCUCUUCAAUGGCUCCAGCUAUACUGAGCUCCAGCUCUGGGAAAAAUACCCUUGUAAUUGGGGGAUCAGGGGGUAGCAUGAUCACGACCGCCAUGGCCCUGUCCAUAAUGAACCACCUUUGGUUGGGGAUGAGUUUGAAAGAUGCCAUUGCUGCACCUAUAGUGUUCGUCGAUGGCAAAAACAAUGUGAAGUUUGAGCAUGGCUUUGAUAAGUCUGUGAUAGAGGCCCUUAAGGUCAUUGGACACAGAGUGACAGACUACGAAUACUUCUUCAAUGUGGUCAAUGCUGUGGCCAAGGAGGACGGAUGCAUCACAGCCGUGUCAGAUGCCAGGAAGCAGGGCAAAUCUGCUGGCUACUGACCAAAGGUUUACAGCCAAUUAGUUGGCUUUAGAACACUGUACAGUAGGUCCCAGAGGACAGUACUUUUAGUGAGAUUUAUUUUUUGUAAUUCUAUUAUCUUCAUAUAUGAACAUUUUUAUCUAAACCAACAGUCCAGAGCCUUAAGCAGAAUCAAAUGGCCCUCUUGACAAAAUACUUAGGCACUGAAAUGGAUGGAGUUUCUAAUUUUACCAAGUCCAUACAAUUACAUGCUUGUUCUUAAUGACUAACUGUACAGUACACAUAGAUUAUAGCACAAGGGAGGUCCCGAAGGAACUCAAAUGGGAAGAGAAGUUCAGUACAGCCUUUCAGCCUGUACUAACAUGGGACUCAUACUGUGACCACAAGGACUUGUCAGAUUCAGGACAGGACAUGAUACAACAUGUUACAACUCAAUCCUCCAAGUUCAUUUAUUAGUCCCUCUCUGGAGUGUUGCACCAAUACUCUGAGACUCACACUUUGAGAUAAAACAGGCUUUUUGCAGCCCCCUUCAGUGUCAGAAAGGAGUUCCACUGCCUAAUAAUACUAAAGCACCCUUUGCUGACUCUAACAGCUACCCAAUCAGUUUGCUGCCUAAUCUUAUUGGAGAGUGGAGAGAAUUGUGUUUGACCAAAUACAAUGCUACUUUUCAGAGAACAAAUUAACUACUGAUUUUCAGCAUGCAUAUACAGAAAAGCACUCAACUUGUACUGCACUGACUCCGAUGAUGGAUGAUUGGUUAAAAUAAAUGUAUAAUAAGAUGAUAGUUGAAGCUGUAUUGUUAGAUUUCAGUGCAGCCUUUGAUGGUAUUGAUCAUAAAUUGUUAUUGAAGAAACUCACAUUGGCUUUACAUCACUUGCCAUCACAUGGUUGGACAGUUAGUUAUCCAUUAUAACCCAGAGAGUGUUAGUCAAUGGAAGCUUCAUUAAUAUCAGAUAUGUGCGGUGUCCCUCAGGACAAUUCCACACUCUACAUGUCAGCACCCAAAGUCGCUGAGCUCACAAAAUAAAUAAAUAAAAGAUUGUCAGUUUUAGAAUGGGUGAAUAAUAAUAAACUGGUCUUAAAUACAUCUCAAACUAAAAGCAUUGUAUUUGGUUCAAAGCAUUCUCUAAGCCCUAAACCUCAACUGGAGUUGUACAUAAAGGGUGUGACCUUUGAGCAAGUUGAGGAAGCUAAAUUCCUACGCACAGUACGUAUAACACUGGAUGGUCAAUUAUCAUGGGCAAGUCAUAUUGGCAAAGUUGUUGUGAAGAUGGGGAGGGGUAUGUAUUUUAUAAAAAGAGGUUAUGUGUUUGAGACAAAUAAACUUGGCAUGUAUAACAAGGCAAUUAGAAAUUCCAGACAAGCUCGUUUUCUAACUUGAUCACUAAGAUCAGGGUGGCAGGGUAGGCUAGUGGUUAGAGCGGUGGACUAGUAAACGAAAGGUUACAAGUUCAAAUCCCUGAGCUGACAAGGUACAAAUCUGUCCUUCUGCCCCUGAACAGGCAUUUAACCCACUGUUCCUAUGCCGUCAUUGAAAAUAAGAAUUUGUUCUUAUCCUACUUGCCAAGGUAAAAUAAAGAAAUAAUCUGAAUAUUUAGAGUGAUCUUCUCAACCAUUGAUGGCCUGAUUUAAUCCUACCCCUGCAAGCAAACCUGCGAACUUUCCUCCACAGCUAAAAGCUAAAAUAAUACCUAGCUUUUCAUCUGGUGUUUUAUCUUUAUUCCACUUUAAUUAAAAUAUGCGGCCAGAUUCUCUCUGUGGUUUGGCGCCUUGUCUUGAUUUAGCUGGAGGAAGUUGUAAGAAAUCCAAGUAUUUAAAUCACUAAUACAGUCUAAUAAUUUAUCCGUGUAGCUAAAAUCCUCUGGUGACACAAAUGUAAAGUUGUGUAUCAAGUGCCAACUGUAUUUUAGAAAUUCCAAUCUGGUUUUCGUGCCCACUACAGCACAGAGACAGCCUUAGUUAAGGUGGUAAAUGAUCUUAGCGCUAACACAGAUGCCAAACAGCUCUCCGUCCUUGUACUCUUGGAUUUAGGUGCUGCAUUCAACACUGUUGACCAUGAUGUCCUCUGGACAGACUGGAGAGGUGGGUUGGCCUCUCAGGUCCAAUUCUAAAUUGGUUCAGGACCUAUUUGACAGGUUGAGCUUUUUUGUGACCCAUAACUCAGAGAAAAUACUACCACCUGAGGAACAUUGCCAAGGCGCGGCCAUUUCUCUCUCAGGCUGAUACAGAGAGACUCGUCCAUGCUUUUAUUAUAAGCAGGCUUGACUACUUUAGUGCUCUCCUGUUUGGUCUACCCAAGAAAGCUAUUGGUCAACUGCAAAACAUACAGAAUGCUGCAGCACUGGUACUGCCCAAGACCAGACGGAUAGCACACAUUACACUGGUUUUAAGGUCUCCGCACUGGCUGCCUGUGAGUUUUAGAAAUACAUUUUAAGAUUCUUAUAUUGCUUUUUAAAUCAAUCCAUAAUUGUGUACCCCAAUACAUGUCAGACAUACUUUUUAAGUUAUGUACCCAGUAAGUCCCUCAGGUCCUCUGGUACUGGCCUUUUAACUAUUCCAAAGCCUAGGACCAAGAGGCAUGGAAAGGCAGCCUUUAGUUACUAUGCCCCCAGCCUCUGGAACAGCCUGCCAGAGAUCCUCAGUGGGCUGAAACUAUGGACAUAUUUAAGAGAUCUUAAAACACACCUUUUUAGCUUUGCUUUUCCUUAGUGAUUUUUAGUCAUUUAGUUUUUGUUAUUCUUUUAUUUUUUAUCCUCUUAUUGUGUAGUAAAUAUUUAAGGUAUGUUUUUCCUGUGAAGCACAUGGCGUUGCAUUCCAUGUCUGAAAUGUGCAAUGUGCUGUAUAAAUAAAGUUUGAUUUGUACUAGUUGUUCAGGCUUUGGUCUUGUCCCAUCUUGAUUACUGUCCGGUAAUAUGGUCAAGUGCAGCAAACAAUGACCUAGCAAAGCUGCAGCUGGCUCAAAAUAGAGCACACGCCUUGCCCUUAACUGCACAUAUAGAGCUAACAUCAUCAACAUGCAUGCCAGUCUUUUCUGGUUGAAGGUUGAUGAGAGAUUAACUGAUUCUCUUCUAGUUAUGAGAAAUAUUACUGUGAAGAAAAUUGCAGAUUGUCUGCAAAUAACAUUCAGCUCAGACACCCAUACAUGCCACCAAAGGUCUCUUCACAGUCCCCAAGUUCAAAACGUAUUCACGGCAAUGCACUGUAUUAUACAGAGCCAUGAUCACAUGGAACUCCCUUGGAUCUCCAGUUACUCAGAUUUGUUUUUUUGUGGACCCCAGGAAGAGUAGCUUCUGCCAACGUUAAAUGGGGAUCCAAAGAAAAAACGGUACAUAUAAUAAAAUCAAUGUCCGAAAUAACAAGUAAAUUGGUAAGAAUGCCAUUGCGCAAUCUUACAGAAGCUAUAAUAACACGUGUGAACAGAAUGUGAAAAAUAAUGUACACACAGUGAGAGUACUGUAUUAGCUUUUGAUGUAUUGCAUUGACAUCACCAGGGCCUGUUGUCACAUGUACAGGUUUAUAUUGAUCCCCCUCCAGGUCUAUUAAAAAUUCAACCCGUGUUAACUUUCAGCAUUUAGCUCCGUCAUGUCUGCGAUGAAUACUAAUUACUUUGACUUAUUCUGUUUGCCCUAAAGGAAGUGAGAAUAGCUUUUUUUUAAACAAAUGCAGUAAUAGUAAUGCAAUGUUUCAAUAGUAGAGCUUGUGAAUGAGUAAUGAUCUCUAAAUUGGAUCCUCCCAGGCACUAGAUGUGAAUUAUGAAAACAUGCAAAUAUACUACCCGGUGUUGGUGUCUGGUGUUCAUGUGGGAUCAUUUGGAGUAAAGGAGCUCAGUGUUUGGUAUAGAUGUAGGAUCUUAAUUUGAGCCAGUUUGCUACAAAAGGAAAAUAAUCCUGCAGCAACAGGAAAUGUGAAUUAUAAUUAAUGGACAUUUUUGUAGGGUUUGAUACAUUUUCCAUAAGAAAAAAAGUCUGAAAUACACUUGUUUUACAUUUCCUGCAACAGGGUGAACAAAUUAAGAUCCUACAUCCUAUAUGUGCCCGAGUGUUUCAUCAGGUUUAGCUAAAUGAUAUUAAGAAAAAUGCUUGAAUAAAGCCUUAGUUAAUCAACUUUCCAAUACAGAAUGUUCUCUGUCCAGGGCAUUUCAAAGCUGUAAAAUUGUUGCGGUAAAAUAGUUGUUAAAAGCUUUGCCUCUGAGUUUUUGCCUCUGUUUUAUAUCCUGCUUUCCAAACUUUAAGUACUUUGUUCCUUUCUAACUAUACAGUAAGAUAUGUGGUAUGACCCUGUCAGAAGUUACAGUAUUAAUGAGGUCAUGUCAUGAGCUGUUGAAAUCUGUUGAUGGGAAAUUGUUAGUCAUAUAGUAUUGCUCGCUACCACAUGUUUCCUACUGUAACAUUUAGCCUUUUACAGUAGGUUAAUUCAUCCCCACAUACACACUUUGACCAUUGACCAUAGUACAUGUACUAUGUCCAAAAUGUGAUGCCAAUAGACAGGUUAAAUAUUUUCUAACAGACAUUGUCCCUUUUUGCUAUAUUUGUUUAAAGUGUAUGGUCUGUUACGCAUUCACUAUACCCCUGAGUGGCACUGAGAAUAGUUGCUUUACAUAUGCUUUCAUGUUAUGACAUAAUUUUCUAACAUAUUUUGUGGAAUAUAAAUCAAGGUUUCAUGUUUACUGUCCAAAAAAAUGGAUCAAGUGAAUAGAUUUUUGUGGAACAAAAUGUUAUGGAACACCUUACGAGAUGAUCAUCAAUAAAUAUGUUUACAUGUUCACUCGUGAGAACAAUUAAA